ACACUCUUUAGAAUAUUGGGUACAAAGAGCAAAAAUUCAUUUCAGAUCAAACAUGAAUUUCACAUUGUUAGCAAAGCCAAUUCUUGUUCUUAUACUCUCCUGCACCAUAACUAUCUGCUUCAUAUUUUUACAAUCCAACCCAAACCCAAAUAUAAACCCAAAAUCAUCUUCUCUUGUGAACAAUACAAACUAUACAAUGGCAGCUCGUAGCUUUAUAUUGUGGCUUCAUGGGUUGGGUGAUUCGGGUCCUGCUAAUGAACCCAUUAAAUCCCUUUUUACUUCUCCUCAGUUCAAGAAUACUAAGUGGUCUUUUCCUUCUGCUCCUUCUAGUCCAGUUACCUGUAAUUAUGGUCAUGUGAUGCCCUCAUGGUUUGACCUUCUCGAGAUACCCGUAACAGCGCAUUCUCCAAGAGAUGAAAGUUCGGUUCUUAAAGCAGUUCAGAAGGUUCAUUCUAUGAUAGACAAGGAGUUAGCUGCAGGGACAGAUCCUAGCAAUGUGUUUGUUUGCGGGUUUAGUCAAGGAGGUGCCUUGACCUUGGCCAGUGUUUUACUUUACCCAAAAACUUUAGGUGGAGGAGCCAUAUUUAGUGGAUGGGUCCCCUUGAAUUCUUCUUUCAUAGAACGAAUGACGCCAGAAGCAAAGAAGACACCUAUCUUGUGGUCUCAUGGUAUUGUAGACAAAACGGUAUUGUUUGAAGCUGGACAAGCAGGUCCCCCGUUUCUCGAGCAAGCUGGAAUGAGCUGUGAGUUCAAGGCAUAUCCAGGUCUUGGUCAUUCAAUAAGUAAUGAGGAGCUCCGAUACUUGGAAUCGUGGAUAAAGCCUCGCAUGAAAAGUUCUUCGUAACUUUUAGGCUCUUUUGCAUUGCCCAGAUUCUUAUCCAAGAGUGUAUGAUGUUGCUUAGCUCCAUUUAAUACUAGUCCGACAGCAUAUAAUAUAGAGAUGAAUAUUAAAAUGUAGGCUUUCGGUGUUUACUGAAAUUUAUCUAUAUUAGACCCGUGUUUUCUUUACUUAUAACAUAACAUGGACAGAUGUCCUAUACUCUCAUUCUACAUAUAUACGGAUUUUAAAGACUUGAAGUU